UGGACCGGGCUGCAGUCGUCGCUUCCGGGUCUGGUUGCCGGAGCAACCGACGCCGCGCGCGCAGCCAGCCAGCUCCAACCGUUGCUCGGCCCGUCCCCAACUCACACAGUCUCACAACAUGAAAGAAUAAUACUAAAUUCAUUUGCUAUGGAUAAUACAACUUCAAGUAUAGAAUCUGAAUACAUUCAGAACCUCCAGCAGCAGAUCUACUUCCUUGAACUGGAAGCCAGUUUUCUUCGGACGCAGACUAAAAAAACUACAGAUCUUCAACCCCUCAUCAUUUCUGAAACUGAGCAUGUGUUUAAAAAACUCCAGGAAUUACAAACGCAAGCUGAUGGCCUCCACUUGGAACUAAAGCGAAAGGAAAGCAGUUUGAAUAUGCUGCAAGCAGACAGAGAGCGAAUUAAUAACCAGAUCAAUGUAGCAAAUGAACUUCAUUCUAAAGAAAAGCAGGCUUUAGUAGAAGAGAUCGUACAACUGAAGAAAAGGAAAGAACAGGCAUAUAGAGAAACAUCUGACAAAGAAAUGGAGAUACUUCGUGCUAAGCAGGAGUUGGAACAGCAAGAGACCAACCUGAGUAACAGUGAACAGAAAGUCCUUGCAAUACAGUCAAAGUUGAAGCAGCGGUCAGAGCAGCAGAAGGCAGUGGAGGUGCAGCUUUCUGAAACGAGAAUAGAACUUUUGAAAUUGCAAACUGCAGUGCAUGAAAUGGAGGACAAAAUACUUAAAAAAACAGCAGUGAUACAUGACCAGAUCACACAUAAUAUCAGAGGUGAGAUAAGUUUUCUUCAUCAGCAAGUGCAAGAGAAAGAGCUACUGGCAGAGCAGGAUCAUUUCUUAAGAAACAAAAUGAUGGGUGAUUAUGCAUCCUUGACCAAAGAAAAUACUAUGCUGAGAUCCCAGCUCUUGGAGCUAAAAAAACAACUGGACAUAGAGAGAGCACUCAGGGAAGAAAGCUAUACAUCACAUUCUUCCAGCAUUACUCAGCUUCUAACCAUGAAGGACCAUGAAGAGGAUCUACAGCGUGAAAUCAAGAGACACCAAGAGCUUUUGAUGAAAGAAAAGAACAACUUCCAAGACCUUAUGGAAAAGAUUCAUAUUUUGGAAACAGGAAGAACAUCUCUUGACUUAAGUAUUGCAACAAUGAAUAGUCGAACAGCUGAACUGAAGGGUAUGCUGGCUAAAGAGGAACAAGACAAUAUUGAACUGCAAAGAGAUAAAGCUUUAUUGAUUGAUCUUGUAUCUAAUUUACAAAACCAGCUUACGUUUCCCUCAUUACAGCUUGUUGGGAGGGAGAGUAAACUUUCUCAAGCCUCAGCUAUGAUGCUGCAGCUUGAUGAGAAUAUUUCAGCAUUGAAAAGGAAGCAUGAGUUACAUCAGUCUCUUCAGUCAGAAAAGUGGCAGGAAAUCUCCAAAAUGGCAAGUUCGAUGAGGAAACUCACAAAAUCUGUGACGGAUGUAGCUGAAAUCAUGGGGAAAUAUUAGGCUGUGUGAUGUGAUCAGUAGAUGUUAUUCUUUGGAUAGAAAAUCGAGCACUUUACUACAAAAUGAAUUAAUUUCAGCAGGGUAUCCAUUUUUACAAUCACAUUUGUUUCCAACACAAUUUCAGGAUUUUAACAUAAAAGGAGAAUAUUCAUAUGUAAAUAAGCUGUUUCUUUUUCACUAUUUUUGAUGCCACCAGAAAUAUUAUAAACAAUAUCAAUUUGUUUUCUCAAAUGUAUUAGAAAAUCUAAUAAAUGUAAGUCUGGUAACAUUGUGAUAUUAUAUAGGUUCUUUUUACACAAUCAUGAAUAAGGUAUCUUAGAUGGAAAAAUAAUUAAUCUUGAAGACUUCAUUAACAAAUCAAUUUGCUGUAUUGAAAGAAAGCAAAUUUAGAUCUAAGAUAUAGGCCUAGAAUGGAUGUUUAAUUCUGCUCUGCAAAGUGUGUGACUAAGCUUUUCAAAGAUGUAGUUCAGAGGGACAUUAGAUGCACAGAGAGUAUAGAUGUCUAGUUUUCAUUUAAACAGAAAUAACUUUGAGAGAAUCUCCACCCUUCAUUUUAAAUAAGAUGUAUUAAUUGUACUCUAGUCAGUGAAAAAAUUAUAGAAAGAAAGAGAGUAAUAUUUCUGCUGUUUCACAGAGUUAGGGUCAUAUCCUGUCAUUAGUGUACUUGAUUUUUUUUUAAUGCAAAAUACCCAUCAGCUUAAAAGUUAUUUUUGUACAGACCUACUCCAAGUAAGAUGUCUCUAUCUCUGCAUAUCUGUUUAAAAAGAUAUGAAACACAGAAAUCCAUUCUUUUCACAACCACUACUGCUUUCACCUUUUCAUAAAUAGUAGACUCUGUAACCCAAAGAAAUGUACAAAUCUCAAAGGGACAGGAUUGCUGGGAAAACUUAUUCAUAAUUUAAUAUUUUACAAUAAUUCAAACUCAAAAGUAAAAGCAUAUGCAUAUUAAAGCAAACCUUUUCUAACAUGUAUAUAAAAUAAAGCUGCCUUAGGCAGAUCUGAUGCUUUAAAGUUUUGCCCUAAAAAAGAAAAAAGAAAAGCUGAGUUGUAGUAUGUGAGAGCAUUAAAUGAGAAAAGUAUGAGUUGUAAAUCUUGUUGGUCUAAUAAAAGAUAUCAUCUCUAGUACAAGUCCUGAUUGCCUUUUCCCCUAGACCAAUACGGCUACAACGUGGAUAGCUGAGCUGUAGUAUGGAAUCUGUACUUUCCAGUGUUCAGAAUUGUUUUCCAAUAAACAGUCAUUUUUCCUACUUGUAAAUGGUUGCUUCAGAUUACGUUGUACAACUGUUUUCUUUCAUUCUUUUUUUCUUAAUUAAAGAAAUUAAAAUGAAA